UACAAAGCUGGGCUGGAGGGUAGAAUCAUUUUCACCCACCAAACAGGAGGAGGCGAAAGAAACUUCUUAGAGAGAGAGGACUCCAUGACAUCGAAGCUGCAAGCUCUAUGGAAUCACCCCGCAGGACCCAAAACCAUUCACUUUUGGGCACCGACAUUUAAAUGGGGAAUAAGCAUAGCAAAUAUUGCGGAUUUCUCUAAACCACCAGAGAAGCUCUCAUAUCCUCAGCAAAUAGCGGUUACAUGCACUGGACUUAUUUGGUCACGUUACAGCACUGUAAUCACUCCUAAAAACUGGAAUCUUUUGAGUGUAAAUGUUGCAAUGGCUGGGACUGGUCUUUAUCAACUUUCACGUAAAAUAAGGCAUGACUACUACUCCGAGGAAGAGGCUGCUGUUGCGAAACAAUGAUGACGAAAUCUUCAUAGCCUCCUACAUAGUGGAGGGAUCAGGCCACGUUUAUUCCUUUCCUCAAAGUUGAUUGAAUUUCAACUUCAACAUAUGAUAUGCUCUGCUUUUGGAUUCGUAACUGGAUCUUGAUUGUCAUUUUGCUUGUAAAGCGAAAAGAAAUUAUGCAAUUCAACUAGAAAACUUUCAGAAUUUGCUAAUAAAGUUAGAUGGUUUCUCUUUACUUGUUUGA